CGACAAUUCGACUAAAAUUUCUGAUGAUAUGCAAUGAAAAUCUGCUAAAAAUGGACUCAAAUGAUAUUGUUCCGUAUUACAACCACCUGAUGCAGGAAGAUCCGAGCACAUCACAAGCUGUUGCAGCCAUCAAGACAUUGAUAGAGUUUAUCAGAGUGAAUCCAGCGGAGACGUUACUUGGAUUGCGAGAGAAUCUCAACCUCGCCAUUAAGAUCCUCCAGCAGACAGAUGGACCGGUGGCAUCGAUAGCCUCAGGUUGUGAUCUGUUUGUUCGGUUCAUCACACUCACUUCACUAGAUCAUCCAGAUUUUCAAGACUGCAAAAGUGUUUUGGUGGAGAGGGGAAAGGUGUUCCUGAAUAAAGUCUCUCGUUCUCGAAGAAAAAUUGCAAAAAUAGGCAUUCCUUUUAUUAGAGAUGGGACUACUAUUUUGACUCAUUCCAAAUCGCGCGUGGUGCUCGAACUGUUCAAGGAAGCUGCUGCUGCCAACAAACGGUUCAAUGUCUACUUGACAGAGUCGAUGCCAGAUAAAUCAGGUGUCGACAUGUUUGAUGAAGUCACAGCUCUUGGAAUACCAGCCACCUUAAUUCUAGAUGCUGCGGUUGGGUACAUCAUGGAAAAUGUGGAUCUGGUUCUCAUAGGAGCUGAAGGAGUGGUAGAAAGUGGAGGAAUAAUAAAUAAGAUAGGGACAUACACUAUGGCAUUAUCUGCUAAGGAGUUAGGAAAACCAGUGUAUGUGGUGGCAGAAAGUUUUAAAUUCACAAGGGAAUUCCCGCUAAAUCAAAGAGAUAUACCAGCAAAUUUCAAGUAUCAUUCAUCAACCAUCAAAGGCAAUAUUGAUCUAACCAAGGAACACCCACUGGUCGACUACACUCCUCCUUCUUACAUUACGUUAUUGUUCACAGAUUUGGGAGUGCUAACACCAUCGGCAGUCAGUGAUGAACUCAUCAAGUUAUAUCUCUAGACUUUAGUUGCGUUGAUACCAUCAUCAACCGCUGUGUACUUCUCUGUGCAAUCUGUGUUCUUGAUGCAACAUGACAGAUAUAUAUGGGUGACUGACGGGAUUGUUGUGGACAUUUUCAAAAGGGAUAUGGUGAACCAAGUUCAAAUCAUACAGAUUGUGCUAAAAUUGAGGUACUUAUAUUUAAUAAACAUGUGCCUGUUAUAACAA